AUGCCUCUUCUGAUAGGUGUUCGUGCUAUCACGGGGAGGACAGGUGAUAUUGCUUCGUCGAGCAGGGCCCGAGCAGCAGAUAUUCCUUCGACGAGUAGGGCUCGGGCAGCAGACGCUCCUUCAACGAGCAGGGCCCAGGUACCGAGGGGUGGGGCUAAAGAGAUGCCUUCCACUAGGCAGAGUGUUGGAUGGCCUGAUCUUUCGACCGAGCUGACAGGUUGGCGGUACUUUGGGGUGCCUUUUCAGAUUCUGCUAGAGCCUCUGUUGCCUGAUCACCGAUAUGUCAGGACACCCGACUCACCACCAGUCACACCCUUUCAGACAGGACCAUCAGAGCCUUCUCCAGCAGCAGGGAGAAAGAUUCCAGCACACGGCCGAGGGAGAGGUCGAGAGCCUGUCAUGCAUGAUGACUAUGACGAGACCAGCGAGGACGAGGAGCCAGUGAGUCCUCAGUCAGAGUCAUCCGAGGGCGGAGGCGACGGCACCGGCACCGGCUCGGGUUCUGAGAGUGGUGACGAUGUUGAAGAAGGUUCCGAGGAUGGGAAUGGAGACAGUUCUGGUUCCGGCUCCAGCUCAGAUUCAGAUAGCGGCGCUGGCGGUGAUAGCUCUAAGUCCGCACAACCGAGGAAGAAGACGAAAAGAGCCUCUCAAUCCUGA